AUGACCAUUGAAAUCGCCUCUUCAUACCCUGAUCUAGUCUGCAGCGGGCUUGUGAAUUCAGGAACGGCCUGGCUCAUAGCUUAUGAGGGGGGAGGGUGUGCGGAGCCCCGAGGACUGAGGGAGGCACAAGGAUUUUUUGACGGAAAAGGAGAAUCAGAGGUUGCUCGGGCUUCGUCCCGGUUUGUGCCAUGGGCAACUUUGGCCGUGAGCUACGCGAGUGACGCAAAGGAUAGUUGUCGUGCGCAAGGGGCAUCGUCAAGACGGAAAUGGGAUUCCCCGGCAACUCCACAGGAAGAGUUAUCUAGUGCGACGAGUCAAGGAGGAACCCAUCGUCGGCUUUUCAACACGGACAGGCAGUUUGCCCAACCAGAGAUUCCGUGGACCGCCGAAGUAUGGGGUCGUCCUUUUCUCCACAAUCCUCCUGAAGUCUCGCUGGGAGGGUUUCAAUUGGGUGUUCCUCCAAGUUCAAACGAAUGUCACCGCGGCUCUUGGGAUCAAUCUAAGAAUCUCAGGCGGAUAACGAAUUGGAACAAUCGAGCGCUCAAGAGCCGAGAUCUGGCACCCGCGACAAUCGCCCGCUCUAUCCAGACAGACGGGAACGCUAUGAACACCUUUUUCCAAACUUCGUAA